AUGCCCUGUAUCCAAACUCAGUAUGGGACCUUGCUUCAGAGCGGAGGACCCUGUGAGCGCUACCCAGCAGACCUCUUGACCCCUGAGCUUGGCAAAUCCACCAUGGACCUGGUGAACACAGAGAUUGCAGCUGCCACCACCUCUCUGCCCAGUUUCAGCACAUUCAUGGACAAUUACACUGGUGAAUUUGACGCUUUCCUUUACCAGAUCCCAGCAGCAAACCCUACCACAGCGUCCUUCAAGCUGGAGGAUUUCCAAGUGUACGGCUGCUACCCUGGCUCUUUCAGCAGCCAACUGGAUGAGACACUGUCCUCGAGUGGCUCAGACUAUUACGGCAGCCCGUGUUCCGCCCCCUCCCCUUCCACACCAAGCUUCCAGACUUCCCAGGGGCCGUCUUGGGAGAACUCCUUUGGGGCCUAUUCCCCCCCUCACACCUACGAGGGCAUGAGGCCGUGGGUGGCAGGAGCAACGACGACAGAGCCUCCAAAAACUGGGUCUGCCCAGCCUUCCUACUUCUCCUUUGGCCCCUCCACUCUCAGCCCUGGGAUCCCCCCUCAGAGUCCCCUGAAGAUCCAGUCAGCUGCACACCAACACCUGGUGGAUGGAGAUGUCUUCUCACUUCCACAAACCUCCCCUUCAGUGAGUUUUUCCCCUUUGCCGCUCAGCCAGGUCUCUCCAGUCCUGGACAGCCCUAGCCUGAUGGACAAUUCUCUCUCUCCAACAAAGGCACGGAGUCCCGGUUCCAGUGAGGGGCGCUGUGCUGUGUGUGGGGACAAUGCCUCAUGUCAGCAUUAUGGGGUCCGGACCUGUGAAGGCUGCAAGGGUUUUUUCAAGCGCACAGUACAGAAGAAUGCCAAGUACAUCUGCUUAGCCAACAAAGACUGCCCUGUGGAUAAACGGCGGAGAAACAGGUGCCAGUUCUGUCGUUUCCAGAAGUGCCUUGCUGUGGGAAUGGUCAAAGAAGUGGUGCGGACAGACAGCUUGAAAGGCCGUCGUGGUAGGCUGCCCUCCAAACCCAAACAAGCUCAAGAUGCUUCCCCUGCCAGCCUCAUCUCCUCCCUUGUGAGAGCACACAUAGAUUCCAUCCCCAGUGCCGCUAAACUUGAUUAUUCCAAGUUCCAGGAAAGUGUCCCAUACCAGUUUGAGAAAGAAGACUGUAUGGAUGUGCAGCAGUUCUACGAUUUAUUGACAGGCUCGAUGGAUGUUAUCCGGAAAUGGGCAGAAAAGAUCCAGGGCUUCCUAGAACUGCCAAAAGAGGAUCAAGACCUGCUUUUGGAGUCUGCUUUCCUUGAACUUUUCAUUCUCCGGCUAGCAUACAGGUCCAAGCCAGAAGAGGGCAAGCUGAUUUUCUGCAAUGGUGUGGUGCUGCAUCGCAUGCAAUGCGUCCGGGGCUUUGGGGAAUGGAUAGAUUCCAUUAUAGAAUUCUCCCAGAGCCUCCACCGCAUGAAUAUUGAUGUGCCCUCCUUCUCCUGCCUUGCCGCGCUUGUCCUAAUCACAGACCGCCAUGGGCUAAAAGAGCCCAAGAGGGUUGAGGACCUCCAGAACCGCAUUGUCAGCUGCCUUAAAGACCAUGUGACUUCUACCACCAAUGAACAGGUGCAUCCAAACUGCCUCUCCAAGUUGCUGGGCAAACUCCCAGAACUCCGCACUCUCUGUACCCAGGGCCUACAGCGCAUCUUCUACCUGAAGCUGGAGGACUUGGUGCCCCCACCUCCCAUUGUGGAUAAAAUAUUCAUGGACACUUUGCCUUUCUGAGGACUCAGCUG